AUCGAAACAAGGCUGUCUUUCUCGCAUUGCUCCGCGUCCGUCCUCGGUUGCAGCUUGAGUUCUUGGCGAUCUCGUAGGAGGAUUAGAGAGCAGGCACGUAAUCGAGAUAAUUCCGCAGUGCAAAAACUGAGUUAACAGCCCAGGGCGCGGUCCUGUUGAGUUGUCAAUGGGAAACAGCCCAACACAAGAACUGGCAACUGAUGACAGCAAGGCCGACAACAAAGCACCGUCAAAACCGGCACCGCCGUCCACGUCCGCCGUCAGCAGCAAGACCAAGACAGACGUGGAGAGAGAGCAACUGUUCGAUGGAUCAAGCGACGUUCGCACGCCGAGGAAGAAAAGCACCCAGGAGAUCCUCACCAAGUACAAAUUCAAAGGGGACGCCGCCGCCGCGGCGGCUCACGCCAAACAGAAGCUCAUGGAGCGGCAGGAGAAACUCGCGAGGAUCACGGAGCAAUCCGCGGAGCUGGAGAGCGAGGCCGAGAAUUUCGCCACCCUCGCCCAGCAGAUCAGGAAAAACAUGGAGAACAAAUGGUGGAAGUGAUUGAGAAUCCCACGGUCGGUGCGGCUGUGCCCGCUGCCUAUACUGUAGCUUCACGCGCAGCGCCUCGACGUGGACGGAGCGGGGCUCGGUGCUACGCCACCGUGACGAUUGGGUCGCCGGCACGUGGGCCCGCGAGCUGCGUGUCCCGCGCCAGCGACUCAGCGUCACGGUAACUGCGCGUUACGCAUCCGAGUCCGCGGCGACGGUCUGGAUCAUCUGUAACUCGCCCGUCGGCUACAAUCACGAUCAGUGUAUUCUUACUUCUGAGCAUCAGCAUCGCGAUCGAUUUCUCUCUGCUCGGUCACGGUCAUUCAAUCACCGCCAGCAUCCGUUGCGCUCCGCAUUCAAGCUGCUGCGUAGCAGCUAGCUAGCCGAACGAAAGCGAAGCGAUGUGGUGGU